UUGAACGAUCGAUGAGCAUAGUGGCCUCGGAGCAGUCUCGCGAGUCGUGUUGUUUUCCUCCGCGUACGCGUUCACGGAGUGUGUGUGAGUGUGGUUUGUGAUAUUUAUACCGUGGGGGAAAGGUUUAAUCGAUUGCUUUUCUACUUUAAACUAACAAUAAUACCCGUUAGAAACUAGCAGAUACACGUACGCUGGCUGUUUGUUUUUUUUGUGUGAUUAGUGCUGCAAUAGUCUCUCGACCUCCACCCGUUACGAUCCGGAAUGAUUGGCCAUCAUCAUCAUGUGAUGAAGAUUUAGUGGUUUAAGGCAGCCAUUGUGGGAGCAGCCAGCCAGCAGCACCAGGAACGAUAAGGCUUGUUCUGCUGGGGCCCAACCAAUCCUUUCGUGAACGCCCACGACUCUCGCUGGUGCAGUGCAAUUGAUUGGAUGUGGGUGCGAAAUUCGACAAAAAAAUCGAUUAUUUGCUACAGUCGUAACUGUGUAUGACCCACCUGAAAACAGAUUCUCGAAAAGAUCAGUGACCGAACCCAAACGAUCCAAGUAGGCCAAAUUUUAGGGGGCAUCGGGAGGCAGAGAGCAAUCCCCAUAAAUUUAUAAAUAUGCACUGCCUGCGGCUGUGCUGUCAUUGACUGCCUACACUGACUGAGGGGGACUGCUACUAUAGCAGGGCAGAGAGGGUACAGGCGCAUUGCAUUGCUCAGUGAGCGGCACGGUAUCGUCAAAAUCAAACCCACAAACGCAAUCGCCUAGAUCCAUCAUCACUCAAAAUAUUACCUAAUCGCGAAGUGGAACUCACGCAUUGUUAGCACACAGGCAAACAUUGCAGCUGGCGAUACGAUUCGAGAGUGUCGUGAGUUCUUGGAUUUAAAGGUAAACAUUGAGCAACUCACAGGACGGAACUCUACACAGCUGUCACCUUGCGGAGCGCGCGACGUGAGAGCCGCAGCGCAAGCGAGUUGCAUAAUCCGAAUGCACCCACGGGUGCAUACAACGUUGAAUCUCCCGCUACCCCGAACGUCACUAUAGCAACAUACACUCAAACAAGCACUCACAUCGAAUCGCCACCGUCGGUCGGACAGUGUAAAUAAAAAUAAAAAUAUCCCGUACCGUGUCCGCUGCGACUACGGGGGACGCAUAUUGUGUUAUGCUCUGUGUGUAGAGUUUACACGUAUUCUAAAAGCAUUGAAUCGCGAGAACGAACGGGACACUCGCGCGACGGCAGCUAGCAGCCAGCCCAAAGAGAGCUGGGUGUGUAUUGGUGUGCUGCUGUGGCUCCGCAGUCAUCCAUCUUUGAUUUCGCCAUAAACACACACACACACCCACACACACUGAUGCGCGAGAACCGCUGCUACUGCUGCAUCGCUCUCAGCUCGGUCAGUGGCAGUAGAGCAGGCAGGUCUAGUAUUGUGCAGUAGGCCUAGCAGGAGAGCUGCAAGUUUUUGGCCAUUGGCAGCAGUCCAGUGGCUCUGUGGCACAGUAUAGAGUGACAGGGGAUUCUACAAGCGGAGUGAGUGAGCAAGCAAACACACACCGUCCACCAGAACCGAAACGGGCGAAAGAGACAGUACUAUAUAGAGCGGAGAGAAGUUGGAAUAUGGCUGUGUUUUUAAUUAACAUAUGCAAGUUUAAUGGUUGUGGCAUUACGUUUCCGAGCUUGGGUGAUCUAAUACAGCACAUCGAGGAUACACAUAUUGACUACGACUCGCAGAUCCUCGGCCAGAAGGAAAAAUCUCAAUCCACUUGUCUUCCGCUGAGCUACGUGCUCCGCUUCAUAACCGAUCCGUCGCGGAAGGAGAACGCCCUCCUGAACGGUACCGCCGGGGGUGUUGGCGGCGGUUCCUUGAAAGGAGUCACCUCCGGCGGGGGAAGCGUUGGCGAUGGUGGCACCGGUUAUCAGAGCACACCCCCCGGAACACCGGGCAGUAUCACCAACUCGGCAUCGUUGCUCGGUAGCAAUGGAAGCAGCCAGGGAGGAGGUGCCCUGUCCGGGGGUGUUGCAAUUGGCAGCGGCGGAAAGGGUAGCGCCACCGGUGACGGGAAACUGGCACCGUCCGGAACGACUGGAACUGAUAUGAAGCGAAAGAUUGCCAUCAAACAUCACAGCUACAGUAUGUCGUCCUCGAAUCGGAGCACGACUCCUACCGGCAGUGAAAUGGACGAUGACGAUAUGAUGGUCUCCGAGUCGGAGGAUAGUAACGAUUCUUGGACGACGGAAGAGUUCAGUUCGGAAUUCAUCAUGCGCUAUGGAAGCAGACGACACUCUUCAUCCGGUGGGAACGGACUCAAUUCGUCCAAUGAGAAACCGUUUGCAUGCCCCGUCCCGGGAUGUAAGAAGCGCUACAAGAAUGUCAAUGGCAUCAAGUAUCACUCGAAGAAUGGCCACAAAAAAGACGGAAAUCGCGUUCGGAAAGGCUUCAAGUGUCACUGCGGAAAAAGUUACAAAACCUCCCAAAGACUAAAAAACCAUCAGCUAAGUACACAUCAGAAUCCGGUGGUGGAUGCGGUCAGUGGUUCGCUGCAAUCGCCGUCGGUCAGUGCUGCCGCUGCUGCUGCUGUAGCUGUUGCCGCUGCUGCUGCUGCUGGCGGCGGUACCGCUCAGCAGCAGCUUUCUACGUCCUCAACGUUGUCAUCGUCGUCCUGUUCGUCUUCUGUGUCGUCGUCCCUCGUUACUGCAUCGUCGUCUGUAUGUUCCUCCACCAAUGGUAAUAAUAGUAAUAACAAUUGUAGUGCGACAGUCGCCCCCGGUGGGGCGGUCGUCGCCACCGCGGCAGCAUCUAGUCAAAUUGCUUCGUCGUCCUCGAGCUCAUCAUCGUCAUCUUCGUCGUCGUCCUCGUCGUCUUCGUCGUCGUCGUCGUCAUCAUCUUCGUCAGCCGGUUCACCGAAUGGCAAGUAUGACAAUCUGGGCAUUCUGACGCCGGCAACAUCACCCAAGCUGACACUGAUGAAUGCUGCCGGUACCGGUCAGGAGAAUCUGCUCCCACUAACACCGAUCAGUCCGAAUGGGGCCAGUGCGAACAGCACCGGCAGUGGUGGAGGAGGUGGAAACAUUUCCGCUCCUAGUGGCGCCACUACAGCCGGUGGUAAUGGAACAGGCGGUGGUGGUGGUGGUGGUGGUGGGGGCGUUAGUACGAACGGUUCCACGCUGGUAACUAGCAAAAAUUCGGCUGUGCUGUCGGCGGCUACUCUAGUGAGUCAGCUGCAAACCGAAGAGACGUAGCCGAUACUCAAGAACCUACUGCUGAGAAAGUGAUGGAGGUAAUCGCAGCGCGAACCGAUACCCGGAACUGUUCGCGGUUUGCGAGGGUUUUCUUUUUGUUUCA